CUUCGACCGCGCGACAAUAUAUCGUAUCCGAGAUGACAACUUGAAUCAAUCACCUCCCCGAACUGGCCCAUGAUAAGAGCACCUCGUACAUUCGAGCAGCGCAAACGAGACCCAGGAAAGAGCGUCCGAGUUCGGCAGCCGUGGGUACUCAGUACUCAGUGCUCAGUUCCGAUGUCGGACUGUCAAGGCACGCGGUCACCUGACCUCAGGUGCCCUCACCGUCAUUGUGACGAACCCACAGGUCUAAGGCCCGUCCCUCUGAUCCUCCUCGUUUUCAGCUGAGUGUAGAGGUACAAUAUCACCAUGAAUACGUGUUCACGCCAGUCACACUGCGACAUUCUAUCCACCACAUGGAUCCCGACGUUGCUCAGCAUCACCACAACUCGGGACCGACCCCGCCGUUCAUUUAGCAUUAAGUAAUGACUAGCGAUCGCUGGUCGUCGCUUCCACUUCGGGUCACGUCCGCCUCUAUGCGCUAUAUAAGUAACUGCCCACUUUCACGAGCCGGGGCUACGCUUGACUGUCG